CCUCCCGGUCUGAUACUGCUCGUUUGUCCCGUCGCGAGACCGAGUGCCGACAUCCAACAACUGCAGCGAUAGCCGCGUCCGCCGUGCCGCCGUCGCAUCGCAUCGCAUCGCAGACACUCGCCGACGUCGCUCCCCGCGUGAGAGACCCCAGCUGUCCGACCGCCCCCAACUGCCGACGACCCGAACCCCGGAGCAUGUCGUGACGCCGUGCGACUUUCGAUCGUCUCGACUUUGGGAGAAUAGGACUAGCAUAUGGAUCGGUACGGCGCCCAGCAGGUCCUCCUGCGAACCGGCUCCUUUACGGGGUUGAGACCGGUUCAGCAGCUUGGGAGCGGCUACCUCACCGCCACCGCCUCCUUCAAGCAGCCGCUCUGUGGUAACGCUGAGGGUUGGGGACCGCUGAGCCCGUACCGCUACGACUUCACGCCAUGCUUCAUAGACGUCUGGGUUGCGACCGUGGCCGUGUAUGGGCUCGUGUUCGGACCCGUCGCUAUUUGGUGGCUACUCAAAAAGAAGCAACAGCUUGAGAAUGGAGCCUCCAAGAACUUGCACUUCUAUAUCAAGCAGCUGCUCCUCGCGGCGAUCAUCGCAGAUGUUGCCGUGCAAUUAGCAUUCCAAAUCAUCGAAUACCGAAAUAUAUGGGCUGGCGACUUCCGUGUCUGGACUACGGUCUUGACCAUCCUCUCCCUGGGCGUCAUCUUUUCGAUACAGUGGCUUGAGCACUCGCGCUUGAGAAAUGCCAACGGAGUUGUCCUUUUCUACUGGCUUCUGCUCAUCAUCUCUCUUGCAGUCAAGCUGCGCUCUCUCAUAUCUCAGCAAAUUUACGACACCAAUUUGCCCUACUUCAUCACCUACUGCGUUGGUCUCGGCUUCUCCGUGGUCGAGUUCUUGGUAGAGUGGCUUUGGCCGCGAAGCUCGACGCCCCGCGGAUACGAGGCCAUCUCCGAGGACGAGGAAUGCCCUCUGGAGUAUGCCACCGUCUUCUCGAAGCUGACCUUCUCGUGGAUGACGCCUAUGAUGAAGUAUGGCUACAAGGUAUUCUUGACAGAGAAUGACCUCUGGGGCCUGACCAGGUCGGAUCAGACAAAAAACACGGGAGAAGCCUUCGAGGACGCCUGGCAACAUGAGCUGAAGAAGCGGUCCAACUCGCCAUCUUUGUGGCUUGCUCUGUUCCGCGCAUAUGGUGGCCCCUAUGUCAUUGCAGCCCUGUUCAAGGUUGGAAACGAUGUCGCACAGUACAUUCAGCCUCAGCUCCUUCGCAUCCUCAUCAACUUUGUCAAAUCAUAUGAAGACGGCCAGGAGCCUCAGCCAGUCAUCAAAGGCGCCGCUAUUGCCCUGGCUAUGUUCGCCUGUGCCGUAUUUCAGACCAGCAUGGUCCACCAAUACUUCCAGCGAGCUUUUGAGACGGGCAUGCGCAUCAAAGGUGGCCUGGCCUCGACAAUCUAUCGCAAGUCUCUGCGACUGUCCAACGAAGGCCGGUCGUCGAAGACCACGGGCGACAUUGUCAACUACAUGGCUGUUGAUGCUCAGCGCCUGCAGGACCUGACACAGUUCGCCCAGCAAGCAUGGUCCGCUCCCUUCCAGAUCAUCAUCUGCAUGGUCUCGCUGUACAAUUUGGUCGGAUGGUCCAUGAUGGCCGGUAUCGUUGUCAUGAUCAUCAUGAUGCCUGUUCAAGGAUUUGUUGCCCGAAUCAUGAAGAACCUGCAAAAAGACCAAAUGAAGAAUAAGGACGCCAGAAGCCGACUGAUCAACGAGAUCAUCAACAACAUGAAGAGCAUCAAACUCUAUGCCUGGGGCUCUGCUUUCAUGAACAAGCUAAACUACGUCCGAAACGAGCAAGAGCUUAAGAAUUUGCGGAAGAUUGGUGCUACACAGGCAUUUGCCAACUUCACAUGGAACACGGCCCCGUUCUUCGUUUCCUGCUCCACAUUCACCGUCUUUGUUCUCACGCAAGACCGGCCUCUGUCCACUGACAUCGUUUUCCCCGCUCUUGCUCUCUUCAACCUCCUGACCUUUCCGCUCGCUGUCCUGCCUAUGGUCAUUACCUCGAUUGUCGAAGCAUCAGUGGCCGUCGGUCGUCUGACGUCGUUCCUUAUGGCUGAGGAGCUCCAACCCAAUGCCAUCACCAUCAAGCCCGCCCCCGAGGAGAUGGGAGAGGAGACUGUUCUCGUACGCGACGCGACCUUCUCUUGGAAUCGCCACGAGAACAAGCAUGCGCUCAAAGAUGUUGACUACACUGCCUACAAGGGCGAACUCUCCUGCAUUGUCGGGAGAGUCGGUUCUGGCAAGUCAUCAUUCUUGUCUAGCAUCCUCGGUGACCUGUGGAAGGUCAAGGGCGAAGUCGAAGUCCGAGGAACUGUUGCGUAUGCCACCCAACAAAGUUGGAUCCUGAACGCCACCGUGAAGGAGAACAUUGUGUUCGGAUAUCGCUACGAUUCUGAAUUCUACGAGCGUACCGUAAAGGCCUGUGCUCUUCUGGACGAUUUCGCUCAACUGCCAGAUGGCGAUGAGACUGUCGUCGGCGAGCGUGGUAUUUCGUUGAGCGGAGGACAGAAAGCUCGUGUUGCUCUUGCUCGUGCUGUCUACGCCCGCGCCGACAUUUACCUGCUGGAUGACGUCCUGUCGGCCGUCGAUUCUCACGUUGGCAGACAUAUUAUUGACAACGUCCUCGGCCCCCGCGGUCUCUUAUCUACAAAGACUCGAAUCCUCGCCACCAACGCCAUCGCCGUGCUUCGCCAGGCCAGCUACAUCACCCUGCUCAAGGACGGCGAAGUCGCUGAAAAGGGUACUUACAACCAGCUGGUAUCACGGAAGGGUCAUGUUUUCGACCUCUUGCGGACUGCUGGCCACGACUCCAACGGCAGUGGAUCGAGCAGUGCCAGCCCACCGUCAAGCGAGACCUCGACGGUCAUCGAGCCUGAGACCGCGCAAGACAAGGAGGAAAUGGAAGAGGCACUGGAAGCUGUCCCUGAAAUGGCCCCUAUUAAAUCCGCGUCCAUGGGCGACAAGCCGCGCUCCAGCAGCAUGGCAACCCUGCGCCGAGCCAGUACUGCUAGCUUCAAGGGUCCUCGUGGGAAGCUCACUGAUGAAGAGGUUGCUGGAAACACGAGAACUAAGCAAGCCAAGGAAUUCGUCGAGCAAGGCAAAGUCAAAUGGUCCGUCUAUGGCGAGUACGCUAAAGAGAACAAUCUGUUUGCCGUCGGUAUCUACAUACUGGCUUUGCUUGCGUCGCAGACAGCCAAUAUGGGUGGCUCCGUCUGGCUGAAGGAGUGGUCUGAUCAUAACCAAGAGACCGGUUCGAACGAGAACAUUGGAAAGUACAUCGGUAUCUACUUUGUAUUUGGCAUCGGGUCCUCCGCCCUUACCGUCGUCCAAACCUUGAUCCUUUGGAUCUUCUGCUCAAUCGAGGCGUCUCGCAAACUGCACGAGCGGAUGGCCAAUGCCAUCUUCAGGUCACCUAUGUCGUUCUUUGAUACGACGCCGACAGGUCGCAUCUUGAACAGAUUCUCCAGUGACAUCUACCGCGUUGAUGAGGUUUUGGCGCGGACUUUUAAUAUGCUCUUUGUGAACCUGGCCAAGUCUGGCUUCACCUUGGUUGUCAUCUCUUUUGGAACCCCAGCAUUCAUCGCUCUGAUCAUCCCGCUCAGUCUGGCGUACUACUUCAUUCAGCGGUAUUAUCUGCGAACGUCACGCGAGCUCAAGAGACUGGACAGCGUCAGCCGCAGCCCGAUCUACGCUCACUUCCAAGAGUCGCUCGGUGGCGUUACCACCAUUCGUGCGUAUCGGCAGCAGCAGAGAUUCGAGCUUGAGAACGAGUGGCGAGUUGAUGCCAACCUCCGGGCUUACUACCCGUCGAUCAGCGCCAACCGCUGGCUCGCCGUGAGGUUGGAGUUCAUUGGAGGUGUCGUCAUCCUGGCUGCUGCCAGCUUUGCCAUCAUCUCUGUCACCAAUCACAGCGGGCUCAAGCCGGGCAUGGUCGGUCUCUCCAUGUCGUAUGCGCUGCAAAUAACUACUUCACUCAACUGGAUCGUUCGCCAGACCGUCGAGGUCGAGACGAACAUUGUCUCAGUGGAGCGCGUUCUGGAGUACGCCAGACUUCCCAGCGAGGCACCCGAGAUCAUUCCGGGCAAGCGCCCGCCGGUUGCUUGGCCUGCCAAGGGCGAGGUGGACUUCAAGAACUACAGCACCCGCUAUCGUGAGGGGUUGGACUUGGUCCUCAAGAACAUCAGCCUUGACAUCAAGUCUCAUGAGAAGAUUGGCGUUGUUGGGCGGACUGGCGCUGGCAAGUCCUCCCUGACUCUGGCCCUGUUCCGACUCAUCGAGCCAGCCACCGGCAACAUUGACAUCGACGACCUCGACACAUCGUCCAUUGGCCUGUUGGAUCUCCGCCGUCGGCUCGCCAUAAUCCCGCAAGAUGCCGCUCUGUUCGAGGGCACCGUCCGUGACAACCUCGACCCCGGCCAUGUCCAUGACGACACGGAGCUCUGGAGUGUCCUCGACCAUGCCCGUCUCAAAGACCACAUUGCCAAUAUGGAUGGCGGUUUAGAGGCAAAGAUCAAUGAAGGAGGUGAGUUAAAAUCCGAGCCCAAUCCCACGCCCCUCUCCCACCCAACCUGUCGUGUUGUGCGGAGGCGCCUGGACAGGCUGUCGAUCCCCUGCCCCUCCUGCUGGUCCGUGUGUCUGUGUUCUCUGCUCUCGCACGGCAUAGAGAGUAUCCACACUCGGCUCUCGCUGGCAGCGGCCGUGAACACGGCACCACCGGCAGGCCGGCGGGGACAUGGUGGCCCCUGGGCAGGCAUACAUAGCCUUAGGCCUUCUAGAAUUACGAGAGAGUUUAAUUUGGCCGAAAUGCUAACUGGCAUUUUUUUUUUCUUUCUUUGCAUCAGGGUCCAACCUCUCGCAGGGCCAACGGCAGCUCGUCUCUCUUGCCCGUGCUAUGCUCACGCCGUCCAACAUCCUCGUGCUAGACGAGGCCACCGCGGCAGUCGACAUUGAGACGGACGCGAUGCUCCAGGCGACCCUGCGAUCCCCCCUCUUCUCCAACCGGACCAUCAUCACUGUCGCACACCGCCUCAACACCAUCCUCGACAGCGACCGCGUCGUCGUCCUCGACAAGGGCGAGGUCGCCGAGUUCGACACGCCCGCCGCGCUGUUCAAGAAGCAGGGCAUCUUCUACGGGCUGAUGAAGCAGGCCGGUCUGGAGAUUGAAUAGGGAGGGAGCCGCUUCCACCCUCCCUCCCCCCUCGGCGAGCCGCACGCGUCGUGUGUAGAAUUCUUUUUUUGGUCUGUCUUGUUGAGGAGGCGUUGAAAAUGAAGUUGCAUCAAUGUUGUAUAAGACAAAGUACCCCUGUUCUCUAAUACCGAAAUGUCAUCAUCAGCGGCCGUGCGGGUAGCAUCGACCUGCUGGCUGGCCUAGACUGCAAAUGCCAACAAGAAGUCUCGAUAGUCCUCAUACAUACUGUGUGUACUACUACGUAAUGUACGUACGGCGUAUACUGUACUUGCAAACUCG